AUGUCCCUUCGAGCCGCCGCUCUGUUCGGCUUGGCUACUCUCCAAGGUGUUACUGCUCACCUUGCUGCUUAUACUCCUGGAAUGUUCUGCCCCGAGAACUCUUACAAGGGCCCUCUCACGAAUUUUACCGACCCCAACCACGUUGUCUUCGACCCUCUCUUCAACCUGCAGCAGGACAGCUGGUUUCUGUCCAAGGGCCGCAACUGCUGGCUCGCACCACCAACUGGUAUCUGGGAAAUCCAGGCCAACUCAGUCAUCCAGGUCCCAUGGGCCAACUGGCAGAACUCCACGGGCUUCUAUGCUGACGGAAAGGAGCAAGACCAGCGCCCCCAGCCUUUCUCAGUCACGAACCCUGCCGUCGUUGCCGCCGGUCUGGUCUCAUCCUCUGGAGGCAUCAACAGCCCCAACCUGCACGCCGGUAACAAAUCCACUGCUGCUGGUACUGCUGUUGCCAUUGCCUACAAGUCCAACAUCUACGAUGUGAAGAUGGAGGACUUUGUUGUCUUUACCACCGCUCCUCAGACUCCCUUUGAGCGUCUGGUUACCUACGAUAUUCCCAACCUGAAGGCCUGUGAGGAGUGCCUCUGCGCCACUGUUUGGAUUCCCGAUGGCUAUGGCCAGCAGAACAUGUACCAGGCUCCCCACAAGUGCAAGAUUAUCAACCCCAAGGGAGGCCAGCAGCCCAAGACUCCUUCUCUGGUUCCUGGCCCCAAUGUUAGAGGACCUAAGCAGAUGAUUGCUGCUUUCCAGGCGAGCGGAAACAACGUUCAAUGGAAGAAUGGCCAGAAGGUGCCCACCUACACCUCCAGGAUGGGAUUUACUGCUGGUGCUCAGACCGAUAUCUUCUAA